CCGGUCCCGGGCAGCCGCUCAGCCCCCUGCCCCGCCGCCGCCCGCCGCCUGGGCCGGGCCGAGGAUGCGGCGCAGCGCCUCGGCGGCCAGGCUCGCUCCCCUCCAGCCCGCUUGCUAACUUCCCUGGCUCCAUCCCUGUCCGUCAGCGGGCCGCCCCGUCUCCCCGCGCCCUCUGGGUCGGGUCCUCCAGGCACGCCGGGCGCUGCCGCCGUGUGCCCCCUGCUGCCAGCCUGCGCGCCCGCGCUCCCCCCCCCGCGCCCCGCGCCCGCGCCCCUUUCUCUCCCGGUCAUGCUGCCCCUCUGCCUCGUGGCCGCGCUGCUGUUGGCCUCCGGGCCCGGGCCGAGCCUGGGGGACGAAGCCAUCCACUGCCCGCCCUGCUCCGAGGAGAAGCUGGCGCGCUGCCGCCCCCCCGUGGGCUGCGAGGAGCUGGUGCGGGAGCCCGGCUGCGGCUGUUGCGCCACUUGCGCCCUAGGCAAGGGGAUGCCCUGCGGGGUGUACACCCAACGCUGCGGCUCGGGCCUGCGCUGUUACCCGCCCCGGGGGGUGGAGAAGCCCCUGCACACGCUGAUGCACGGUCAAGGCGUGUGCAUGGAGCUGGCGGAGAUCGAAGCCAUCCAGGAAAGUCUGCAACCCUCUGACAAGGAUGAGGGGGACCACCCCAACAACAGCUUCAGCCCCUGCAGCGCCCAUGACCGCAGGUGCCUGCAGAAGCACUUCGCCAAAAUUCGAGACCGGAGCACCAGUGGGGGCAAGAUGAAGGUCGUCGGAGUGCCCCGGGAGGAAGCCCGGCCUGUGCCCCAGGGCUCCUGCCAGAGUGAGCUGCACCGGGCCCUGGAACGGCUGGCCGCCUCACAAAGUCGCACCCACGAGGACCUCUACAUCAUCCCCAUUCCCAACUGUGACCGCAACGGGAACUUCCAUCCCAAGCAGUGCCACCCAGCCCUGGAUGGACAGCGCGGCAAAUGCUGGUGUGUGGAUCGGAAGACGGGAGUGAAGCUUCCGGGGGGCCUGGAGCCGAAGGGGGAGCUGGACUGCCACCAGCUGGCUGACAGCUUCCAUGAGUGAGCCCUG